CUUGAACACAUAUUCAAGGAUAUCGCAGCCGCAGCUCCUCGAUGCCUCAAUGCUGAUACUAUUAUCUAUUGUAUCGUCAAUAUGGUCGACCUCAACAAUCUGACUGUUGGCUAUGUGUCUGGCAUUAUUGCUGCCGCCAUUUUUGUGGUUCAGUUUUUCGUUCCUACGGCCUUACCGAUCAUUCUCCUUGGAGUGCUCAAAGAACAGAAUGAGGCUGCAACUUCGACGGCCGUGUCGUGGUCUGUGAUCGGUCGCUUUUUGCAUUCCUCCUACUGGCCGACCAUCCUGUCUUCCGACUCUUCAGCGACUUCGGGUGUGCCUGCGCGCGUGGUGACCAUCACGACACUCAAAACUUUCUUCACCGUCCUGGUCGGUGUCGCCGCCAUCGUGACGCCUCUCGGCCUGCACCAGGAAAUCCUUUCGAGCCAAAAGGCCACCCGGUCCGCCUUCCACUACGUCGCAGACAAGUCCCAGUUUGGUUAUGGGACUCCCCCAAGAACAGACCUUCCUUGGAGCCGUAUCUGUGGAGGGUUCGAGCCAGCGAACUGUCCUAACUCGCCGCAGACCAUAACCUACGUGCACAACUCCACGGGAGACUACUGGGUGGCCGACUACUACGAUUCUCACGUCCCCCAGUACGUCAUCGACGUGUUCGAAAGCGGCCUCUCCACCAUGGCAAAGUCCAUCUCCAGCAUAUUUGACAUUCAAACGAGAUCCUACACCCGGUCCCAGAUCAACGACAGCCCCACCUCCCUGGCGGCAGAUAAUGGAUCUUCGUACCCCGUCACUGCGUACCGACAGAUUGCGAGCUUGGUGCUGGAAGACGGCUAUCUCGCCAUUGAAGGUUUGGUGGUGGACAUGAAGAACGGUGGGAUCGGCUUCAGAAACCACAGUGCACCACCCGUGUCGCCCUUUGGCAGCGCGUGGUCUGAAGAUCUCCUUUUUGUCGAGCCUGAAACGGUGUGUGUCGAUACGAACCUCACCUUGGAUUUCACCGUGAGUUGUAUUCCGAAAUACGGUACCUUUGCACCUCAAGUUUCGGGACUGGUGCUGACAGAUCGUGGGGGGUUUGCCAACCUUGUCAAGAAAUAUCCGACCUGGCAACCGGGAGACACGCAGAACGAUCCCGAGCUCUAUCUGCGGGCGUACAAGGCGGCCUGGAUAAACAACGCGUGGUCCAUGGCAUUCAUGAACGUGACCAACUUGGCAAACCAGAGAGAUCCAGAUACGCACGCCUUUGAAUACCUAGACACCCACGUCGGAAAGACGUUUCCACUCAUGUCCCCCAAUGGAACUGGGCUGACGGGAAUGUCGGGUGCUCUAGGUCCUGAUUUCCUCUCCACCUCGACCAUGUACGGAUACUACCUGAACGGCCUGGACCAAGGGACGGGGAUAUACAACAACAGUACUUCUCUGUACAACUUUUCCUCCUCGCUCAACGAAAGCACGUCGGUCCCGCCCCUCUACACCAAUCCUUUCGGAGUCGAUAACACCAACUUUUCUUCUGCCGGACUCCUCUGUCAGGGUGCCGGGGGUCAGGACAAUGCCAACAUUACCAAUUUCGGCGCCGGGUGUGGACUGGUCUACGGAGCUCCGCGUCGGAAGGACGGCAGGGAGUCGAUUGUGUUUGAGCCGGGCUCCGACUGGACCAUCCCGCUAUACUCGUGCAUCUCCACCACAAAGGCCCUGAUAAAAACCGUCUCGUUCCGGUUCAACAGAAGUGACGAUCUCUCGGGCCUGACCGUCACCGACGUAUCUGACAAGGUCUACCCCAAUGAAUCCUCGAAGCCUCUUUGGGGGGUCGAAAAGACCGAUCAGACACUCGACGACGUCAGGAUCCUGUGGGGUCUUUUGUCAGGACCGGACCAGGGCAACGUCAGUGUCGCCACCUUGCGCAAGGAGUUCAUCUACCUGCCGGGCUACACCGGCGGAGGUGCCAGUGGCCCGUCGUCGGUCGGUUACCAGAACCUUCCGGGGUUAAACUUCCACGUCGACGCGAUAGGGGCAGUCUACAGCAUCGGUGGGUACUCCUCGAGCGGCGGCGUCGCGGACUAUUCCGGCAAGACGAACCUGGCCAUGUACCGGCUCUGGCAAGACCUGUCUCGCACGCCGGCGAGCGCGGCAAAGAUCCUGAAUCUCGUUUGGACCGACGUGGCCGCCAACUCGGUGGUCGGGACGAGGAGUCUGCAACAGCCGCAGCGGACAGACGUCCACAGACGCGACGACGGCCCGUCGCAGACCGACCCGAGCCUGUUGGUCCCGGUGACUCUGUACGAGCGGCGCGUCAAGUACCACAUGGUGUACGGCAUCCCGGCGCUCAUGACGGCCUUUGGGACAUUCUGCGUCUUCGCCGCCUCACUCGCCGUCUUGUGUCUGGGCCGGGCGGGUCCUGCAAAGAUGCGCAGGUACCUCGACAAGACGUCACCGGGUCGCCUGGUUGUCUCGCUGCUCUACACCAAAUCAUGCGACGCGGACACGGGAUGUCCUUCCCGCAAAGCUACGAGCGGUAGACGGUCGAGAAAGGAAUGGAGGAAGACCCAGGGUCUGAGGCAGAUCACCCUUGCAGAGCGCCAGGACGGCGCCAUUGUCGUGAUGGAUCCGCAGGCAGAGCAAGAAGAAAACCUCCUGCAACCGGGGGGAAAAACUAGCAUUUCGUCGGGAAUUAUCAAGUAGCAGACGGUCAGAUAGAUAGAUAAACA